AUGAACGAUAUUGAAAAAAAUACUGGAAAAGAUCAUGCAGUUCAUUCUGUCAAUUCUCAUUUCGAAGACGGAUCAGUCCACACACAAAAAAAUGGGGCAGUUGUUUUUGAUGAAAGUGACGAAAAUAAUGUGCAUCGUGGUUUGAAAUCUCGUCAUAUUCAGCUUAUUGCUAUAUCUGGGUGUAUUGGUACAGGGUUGUUUGUUGGUUCUGGUGGUUCAUUAUCUACUUGUGGUCCAGCAAGUUUAUUUUUAUCAUAUUGCAUUAUUUCAGUUGUGAUGUGGGUGAUUAUGAACUGUUUGGGUGAAAUGAUCGUUUAUCUUCCAUUGAAGGGUAUGGCUAUCAGUGGGUAUGUUGAUAGAUAUGUUGAUAAAUCGUUGGCAUUUGCAACUGGGUGGUGUUACUGGUAUACGUUCUCAAUUGUUGUUGCAGCAGAGACAACUGCAGCUGGUUUAAUUGCGCAGUAUUGGAAUGAAGAUGUUAAUAUUGCAAUUUACAUUACUGUUUUCACGAUUUUAAUCGUUGGGAUCAAUGUGUUUGCAGUUGAGUUGUAUGGAGAAAUCGAGUUCUGGUUUGGAUCAAUCAAAGUUAUUGCCAUUAUUGGGUUAAUCUUCGUUGGAUUUGUGUUGUUUUUCGGUGGUGGACCAAAUCAUGAUCGAUUAGGAUUCAGAUAUUGGAAGGACCCUGGUGCAUUUAAAGAGCAUAUUGUUCCAGGACGUACUGGUCAAUUUUUGGGGUUUGUUACAGCGUUGGUCAAAUCAGCGUUUGCAUUUGUUUUAUCGCCAGAAUUCAUUGCGAUUUCAGGUAGUGGUGAAAGUAAAGAUCCACGUCGAAACAUUGAAAAGGCCACAAAGAGAUUUGUUUAUCGAGUGAUUUUUUUCUAUAUCCUUGGGUCGUUUAUUAUCUCAGUUAUUGUUGCUUCGGAUGAUAACAGGUUGAUUGCAGCUGUGGACUCAGGGUCCUCAGGUGCAGCAGCAUCACCAUUUGUGAUUGGUAUUCAAAAUGCGGGCAUUCCAGUUUUGAAUCAUAUUAUUAAUGGAGUUAUAUUAACAUCAGCGCUUUCUGCUGGAAAUUCUUUGUUGUUUUCAGCAACGAGAUCGUUAUUUGCAAUGGCUAAACAAGGGUAUGCACCAAAGUUUUUUGGAUAUUGCAAUCGAUGGGGUAUUCCAUACUAUGCUGUUGCAGCAACUUCAGCAGUGUCACUACUUUCAUAUUUGAAUGUGUCCAACUCAGCAUCAGAUGUGUUUACUUGGUUGAGUAAUAUUACGACAGUUGCAGGAUUUAUUAAUUGGGGGGUGAUUUCAAUUACAUAUUUGAGAUGGAGAAAAGCUGUAAUGUAUAAUGGACUAUGGGAUAGAGUACCAUUCAAAACCAUUCUACAGCCAUAUGCUACAUAUUUUGCAUUUGGAUUUGUUGUGGUGAUGUCGUUGGUUAAUGGGUAUGGAGUGUUUUUCCCAGAUAACUGGAGCGCUUCAGAUUUUAUUGCAGCUUAUAUAACGAUUCCAAUUUUCCUUGUGUUAUGGCUCGGACAUAAAAUAGUUAUCGAUAAAUCAUGGAAGUUUUAUAAAAAAGUGGAUGAGAUAGAUGUUAUUACUGGAUUAGAAGAAGUGGAAGAAGCAGAAAAACAUUACGAAGAACGUAUUCCUAGAAACGUAUGGGAAAGAAUUUGGUUCUGGAUAGCCUAG